AUGUACAAACCCGCCGCCAAUCUACGUGAAGCCCUGGAGAAGGCUCGCAGACGAAAUCAAAUGUCGCGAACGAAGCAACAAGAGGAUUCGGCGACUUGCGCGGCUGUACAAAGAAACCCAGCGGAACCCAACACGUCUCAUCCAAUCGAGAGUACUAGUUCCCGGUCGUGGUGCCCCUAUUGUGCACGGUUCGGUCGACGGGCCCAACACUGCGGACACAACCCUCCAACGUAUCUGCGUGAUCAGAAAGGCCGGUUGGAAGGCACCCCACUAUCCUUCUUGACUGAUACUGGAGCUUCAUGCUCCUUGGUCAGCGAAUACUUAGUCAAGCCCACCCGUACUGCCGACGCGGGACAAUCGAACGUCACUGCUGUCAACGGUUCCAAAGUGUUCAUCAAGGGUAGAGCACAGCUGAAAGUGAGUCUAUCAAGGUUGUUGCCCUCUGUCUGUGGUAGCCGUAGAGGGACAACCGUAUAA